UGAACGAGACCUUAUUGACGAAUUAUUAGUCUAUAUUGAAAUUGCAUGGACUGGUGAUAAUUUGUAUAAUGCAGAUGAAAAAGACGAAGAAGAGGACAUUGGAAGAAUAUGGAGUACUGGAGGGGGUAAAUAUCCAGUUUAUAAAAGAGAAAAUAUCAAAGUUUGGAAUAUAUUUUUUGUCCUCACGAGAUUCCAAGAGAAGAAAUGUGCUUCAUAACUUGAUGCGAUUAGAACGAAGAACUCCUAUAGAAUAUGAUGAAUAUUUGGAUUUCAUUUUACAGGUUGUUAAUACGCAUCCAAUACUUAGUGGUCAAACAGACAUUAACGGGGACACUCCAAUUCAUAUCCUCAUGCAAAAUCCUCAUGAUACAAAGAUUUAUCGUAGCACUACGCAAUCUUUAAAUUCUGAUGUUACAUAUACAUCAUUGACUAAAUCAUCUCUUCCAUUUGAGUUACUACUAACAUGUGUGUUAUACUUUGGAAGUGCUAGAGAUGAAGGUGAAGCCAAUGCCGGAGAAACAAAAGAAGAGGGUCGUUGCCAUUUCAAGUAUGAUUCACCAUUGUUGGUACAGAACAUGGAAGGAAAUACACCCCUUCAUGAAGCACUCAAAGCAAAUCAUAUUCUACCUGCUUUGUUAUUAAUAAUCUUAUAUGAGUCAGAUAGCAGAACAGCUUUUGGAUUGACUAACAAACGUAAAGAAACACUUCUCCAUCUUCUAGUAGGAAGCUCUUUGGUUGAGUGGCCGCGAGAUGCGAUAGAGGAAGUGCAAGAUGUAAAUAAAGAGGCGGCGAGCAGCCAAGACCAGGAUGGACUUACCCCGAUCAUGAGAGCGGCUCAAGUUGGUCACAUCGAUACUGUUAAGACAUUGGAUGAUCUUAACCAAGAAGCGUCGAAAAUCGUUGACAAUAAUGGCCAGACACUCUGCCACAUGUUGGUGAAUCAACCAUCAUCCAAGACAGAGAAAUUCGUUCAUGACAUUGGAAAAAAAGAUCAUUUGAUAGAUCUGUUGAAAAUCAGAGACAAUGAUGGGAAAACGCCAUUACAUCUGGCGCUUGAAUCUCGAUGCUUUACCCAUGCACGUCUUUUUCUCGAUUGUUCAGGUGAUGAAUGGUUGCCUGCACAAAAAUUGAAAUGGAUGAAAGAUCUUCUAGAAAUAAAAGACGGAGAUGGUAUCACUUCUGGCGAUCGAUUAGCAUCUAUUGUUAGGAUUAGUGUGGAGAUAGAUAAAUACAUGGAGACAUAAGGAGAUUGCAUAGAAAUUGCCUUAUUGUUAAGGUUCGACCAAACUUGUGAAAAGUUCGGUCGAACCCGGUUUUAAGUCAGUAGGUGCACCAGUUUUCAUUUCUAGAGGAGGAGUGACCAAACCCAAGGAGGUUCGACCGAACCACCCUAGGUUCGACCGAACUCUGGGUAGGUUCGGCCGAACCUCCCUGCUCCCUAUUUCGUCGCUUCGUUUUCGGCUUGUGCGAUUUGCUUUAAUCUUAGCCGUUGGAUUGUAUUUUCUACCUAGACUAUAUAUACCUUUUCUAAGUCUCUUUGUUGAGUAUUCACAAACAUUUAAACACAUAGAGAGGUUUUGAGAGGGUUUGUGAGGAGCAUUUGAAUUCUAUACAAUUCAUGCUUGUAAUUCUUGAGUUCAUUCAUCAUCAAUAUUACUCCAUAGUGCAAGGGUGGGUUUUUUCUCCCGGUUCUCGGGUUUUCCCACGGUAACAUUGUCUUCCUUUUACUUGCUUUAAUUCCUUCAAAGUUGUUCUUGAUUGUUAUGCUUGUUUGUUCAUUGCUAUUGUGGGUUGAUUGCAAGUUAGUUGAACACUUUAAUCCUUACAUCUAUUUCAGAUCUUCCUCAAGAUGUA